AUGGUGGCAAUAAGUGAAGUAACUAACAAUAACAACAACAAUAAUAAUAAAGUUGCAUCUUCUAAUUCUACACAGCAUGGUGCAAAUAGAACUGCUGCUCAUACACAUAUUAAAGGUCUUGGAUUAGAUUCUCAAGGGGUAGCUAAAUCUGUGGAAGGUGGUUUCGUUGGUCAAAUAGCUGCUCGUGAAGCAUGUGGUGUUAUUGUUGAUCUUAUUAAAGCUAAGAAAAUGUCAGGAAAAGCUAUUUUAUUGGCCGGUGGUCCAUCUACCGGUAAGACUGCUUUAGCUCUGGCUAUUAGUCAAGAGUUGGGUCCAAAAGUUCCAUUUUGUCCCCUUGUUGGUAGUGAACUUUAUUCUGCAGAAGUUAAAAAGACUGAAGCUUUGAUGGAGAACUUUAGAAGAGCUAUCGGUCUUAGAAUUAAAGAAACAAAAGAAGUCUAUGAGGGUGAAGUCACUGAACUUACACCAGAGGAUGCUGAAAAUCCAUUAGGUGGUUAUGGGAAGACCAUAUCACAUGUUAUUAUUGGAUUAAAAUCUGCAAAGGGUACAAAGACUUUAAGAUUGGAUCCAACUAUCUAUGAAAGUAUUCAAAGAGAAAAGGUGAAUGUUGGAGAUGUCAUUUAUAUUGAAUCUAAUACUGGUGCAGUGAAACGUGUUGGUAGAUCAGAUGCAUAUGCCACUGAAUUUGAUUUGGAGACAGAGGAAUACGUUCCACUACCAAAGGGUGAAGUUCAUAAGAAAAAAGAAAUUGUACAAGAUGUAACAUUACAUGAUUUGGAUGUAGCCAAUGCCAGACCUCAAGGUGGUCAAGAUGUAGUAUCAAUGAUGGGUCAAUUAUUAAAACCUAAGAAAACAGAGAUAACAGAAAAAUUAAGACAAGAAGUUAAUAAAGUAGUGGCUAAAUAUAUAGACCAAGGUGUAGCAGAACUAGUUCCAGGUGUCUUAUUUAUUGACGAGGUUAAUAUGCUAGAUAUUGAAAUAUUCACAUAUUUAAAUAGAGCGUUGGAAUCAAAUAUCGCACCUAUUGUUGUCCUUGCAUCCAAUAGAGGUAUGACUACCGUUCGGGGUACUGAGGAUAUUGUUUCUCCACAUGGUAUUCCACCUGAUUUAAUUGAUAGAUUAUUGAUUGUCCGCACUUUACCAUAUAAUAAAGAUGAGAUUCGUACAAUUAUUGAAAGAAGAUCCAAAGUGGAGGGUUUAGAGUUAACAAAUGAAAGUUUAGACUUUUUGGCUGAUUUAGGUGUUGCUACUUCUUUACGUUAUGCUUUACAAUUAUUAUCCCCUGCAGGCAUACUGGCACAAACUUUUGGACGUAACGAAAUUGCAGUAAGCGAUAUCGAAGAAGCUAAAACACUCUUUUUGGAUGCUAAGAGAUCAACUAAAAUUUUAGAGACUACUAAAAACUAUUUAUAA